CCUGCGUGACGUCACUGCGGUUACGCGACUAUAUAAACACGCGCGUGGGCGGUCUGGCAGAUUGUUUGUGCUUGUGGUGUUGUUGAAGAAAACUGACAAUGGUGCAACUUUCAAAAAGUGAGAUGAGAGAUACGCUAAAGGCUGGUCACCCUCCUGCAGUGAAAGCUGGUGGGAAACGUGUGGUGAAGAAAAGUGGGGAGGAUAAUGCCAAUGUAGAGAAGGAAACCAAGAAAAUGGAUAAACAAAGGCCUCUGCCCACUCCUUGGAGACUUCAACACUUCAGUCUUCUGCUGUCUGGUCCUCUUGAGAAGUUGGGCCAUGACUUUCCAGAAACUCCAGUUUCAGUGCGACACUGUCGGGUCAGACCUGGAGUGGAGAAACCACAUCUCCAACGAGCCUUCCUUAUCCAACAACCACGCAAGUUUUGAGCCAAAAUGGCCUCAACUGCAAAGUUUCUGAAGAAAUGAUGUGCGACAAUCAGGAAGUUGUUUGUAGAUGUUUGUAAUAAAUAAAUACAUUUGAGUAUAAUGUAACCAUGUUGGUCGUAGUAUUAGUAGCUUAGUAGCUUUUCACACCGUGUGGACUGUAUGUUGCAUAAACACAGUUUCAAUUAAACUAUGCUGUGACAAAA